CCUUGGCGUGCAUCGAUGCUGUAUAUGAGCUCAGCUGAAGGGACUGAGUGAGGCAGUGUGUUUAGUUGCGCCUCUCAGACAUGGAUGGGACAGAGAGGAGUCGGCAGAGCUGCGCUGCAGCUCCGCAGGCUGAGACGGACCAGGCGCAACAACAGCCCAUGAUGGAGCUGAACGGGACGGAUCACAGGGACUCGCCGUCUGAUAGAGUCACGCUUAAAAAAGAAAUCGGACUCCUCAGCGCAUGUGCCAUUAUUAUUGGUAACAUCAUUGGUUCGGGGAUAUUCAUCUCUCCUAAGGGGGUGUUGGAGCAUGCUGGUUCGGUGGGUCUGUCCCUUAUCGUAUGGGUGUGUGGAGGAGGCAUCUGUGCUUUGGGCUCCAUGUGUUACGCUGAGCUGGGGGUCACCAUUCCCAAGUCAGGAGGAGACUACUCCUACGUCACAGAGAUAUUCGGAGGACUGGUGGGGUUCCUGCUCCUAUGGAGUGCGGUUCUCAUCAUGUACCCCACCACCCUGGCUGUCAUAGCUCUCACCUUCUCCAACUAUGUCCUGCAGCCGGCCUUCCAGAACUGUGUUCCUCCAUACUUGGCCACCAGGCUUCUCUCCACCAUCUGCAUAUUGUUCCUGACGUGGGUAAAUUGUUCCAGCGUGCGCUGGGCCACCAGGAUCCAGGAUGUGUUCACGGUGGCCAAGCUGCUGGCCCUGGGACUCAUCAUAGUGGUGGGACUGGUGCAGAUCUGCAGAGGUCACUAUGAUGCUCUGAGACCCAGCCAGGCGUUUGAGUUCACACGGGACCCGUCUGUGGGGCAGAUAGCUCUGGCUUUCCUCCAGGCCUCCUUUGCCUUCAGCGGCUGGAACUUCCUGAACUACGUCACUGAGGAGGUGGUCGAGCCACGCAAGAACCUGCCCCGGGCUAUCUACAUAUCCAUUCCCCUGGUGACGUUAGUUUACACUCUGACUAACAUCGCAUACUUCUCCUCCAUGACCCCCGAAGAGCUGUUGGCAUCCAACGCCGUGGCCGUGACAUUUGGUGAGAAGUUGCUGGGUGUUUUUUCCUGGGUGAUGCCUAUCUCUGUAGCUCUGUCGACAUUCGGAGGAAUCAACGGCUACCUCUUCACUUCUUCCAGGUUGUGUUUCUCUGGAGCCAGAGAGGGUCACCUGCCUUACCUGUUGGCCAUGAUCCACCUGAAAAACUGCACCCCUAUUCCCGCUCUACUAGUCUGUUGCGGAGCCACCAUAGUGAUCCUGUGUAUCGGAGAGACUCACAACCUGAUCAACUAUGUCUCCUUUAUUAACUUCCUGUCCUAUGGAGUGACCAUCGCUGGCCUGCUGUACUAUCGCUGGAAGAGACCCAACCUGCUACGACCCAUCAAGGUGAGUGUGUUGGUCCCAAUCAGUUACCUGGUGUUCUGGGCGGUGCUGCUGGGGUUCAGCCUGUACUCGGAGCCCGUGGUGUGUGGCAUGGGGAUCGUCAUCAUGCUCACCGGGGUACCCGUCUACUUCGUGGGAGUCCACUGGAAGAACAAACCUAGAUGUGUCUACAGGGUCGUUGAGUGUGUGACCUACGUGGGUCAGAAGCUGUGUUUCGUGGUGUUCCCCCAAGAAGACCUGUCAGAGAUCACCCCCCUCACAGCCUCGGAUAAACACAAUGACUGAACGACCCCCCUCACAGCCUCGGAUAAACACAACAACUGAACGAGCCCCUUCCUCACAGCCUCGGAUAAACACAACGACUGGACGAGCCCCCUCACAGCCUCGGAUAAACACAACGACUGGACGAGCCCCCUCCUCACAGCCUCCAAUAAACACAACGACUGAACGAGCCCCCUCACAGCCUCCAAUAAACACAACGACUGAACGAGCUCCCUCCUCACAGCCUCGGAUAAACACAACAACUGAACGAGCCCCUCCCUCACAUCCUACGAUAAACACAACGACUGAACGAGCCCCCUCACAGCCUCGGAUAAACACAACAACUGAAUGAGCCCCCUCACAGCCUCGGAUAACACAACAACUGAACGAGCCCCUCCUCACAGACUCGGAUAAACACAACGACUGAACGAGCCCCCUCACAGCCUCGGAUAAACACAACAACUGAACGACCCCCCUCACAGCCUCGGAUAAACCCAACAACUGAACAAGCCCACUCACAUCCUCGGAUAAACACAACGACUGAACGUCUCUCCCCCUCCGUCCAUCUAACAGGGGAUGAGCUGCCAGAACGGUCUGAUCCGUCUGCCUAUCAGGAACUUUUUAAACCUCUUUCUGUUCGUUGCCUUCUGCUCCCUGGAUGCGUCCCCAACUGGCACCCUAUUCCCUAUAUAGUGCACUACUUUUGACCAAAGCACCAUGGGCCCUGGUGUAAAGUAGUGCACUACAUAGGGAAUAGAGUACUAUUUUGGGCCACACAAGGGUCACUCCUCAACAGUAAAGAGAGCGUUUCCAUCCUGGUACUUCUGAGAGGCUGUCUCCAGACUCUUCCAUCCUGGUACUUCUGAGAGGCUGUCUCCAGGCUCUUCCAUCCUGGUACUUCUGAGAGGCUGUCUCCAGACUCUUCCAUCCUGGUACUUCUGAGAGGCUGUCUCCAGGCUCUUCCAUCCUGGUACUUCUGAGAGGCUGUCUCCAGACUCUUCCAUCCUGGUACUUCUGAGAGGCUGUCUCCAGGCUCUUCCAUCCUGGUACUUCUGAGAGGCUGUCUCCAGGCUCUUCCAUCCUGGUACUUCUGAGAGGCUGUCUCAGGCUGUGUUUAGUGGGAGGGGCAUCAGGGAUCAGUAAAGGUUGUAUUGGUCGAUACACCCUCCCCUUCUCUUCACUAGACAGCCAAUGCCAAGUCACCAUACUCAAGGAACUUUUGUUUUAUGAGAUAUUUGUUUUCUUUUUUUUAAUUAGUAUUUGUUUUUGAAAUGAGUCUAAUCUUUGUCAAUUUUAUUGUGCCUUACAAGUGGGGAUAGUUUAAAAAAAAAGUUAUGUUUA